AUGGCACCGAAGAUAUCCCGCAUCCAGCGGUUAAGUGCCGUCAUUGGCAUUUCUUUCUGCUUUUUCAUAGCUGAGAUAUCAGUUGGCUUCUACACGCAUUCCUUGGCCUUAGUGGCUGAUGCAUUCCACUAUCUGAACGACCUUGUCGGUUUUAUUGUCGCACUUGCGGCUGCAAUAAUCGCAGAGAAAAGGUCACCUCCAAAGGUUCUCACUUUCGGCUGGCAACGAGUACAGCUUCUCGGGGCAUUCUUUAAUGGCGUUUUAUUAUUUGGACUAGGAAUCAGCGUGUUCCUGCAGUCUAUUGAGCGUUUCAUCUCUUUGCAAGUGGUCGAAAACCCAAAGCUAGUCCUUAUUAUGGGCUGUGUUGGGUUUGGGCUGAAUGUUAUCAGUGUAUUAUUCUUGCAUGAUCAUGACCACGACCAUGAUCACGGACAUGGCCACGAACACGAGCAUGGCCCCGGCCAAGAAUCCAGCGAUCAUGAAACUGCUAAUGAGGACGCUACGAAUCAAGAUCCAGCCUCAAUCGGCUUAGUAGACCAGAAGCACUCCCACCACAAACACAACAUGAAGGACCCCAAACACUCGAAGAAGUCAAAUCGAGAUUUGGCUAUGAUGGGAGUAUUGAUUCAUGUACUCGGCGAUUGUGCGAACAACCUCGGAGUUAUCAUCGCGGCUGCGGUGAUCUGGUUUGCACACUAUGGCGGAAGGUUUUAUGCUGACCCGGCUGUGAGUACGGGGAUUGCUCUCAUGAUUUUUGCCUCCUCUAUUCCAUUGAUCAAACAAUCCGGCCUCAUUCUACUCCAAAGUGCCCCUCAUGGAGUCGAUCAUGACGACGUAAGACAUGAUCUCGAGCAGAUUCCUGGCGUCCUUGCCAUCCACGAGCUUCAUAUAUGGCGAUUGAAUCAGACAAAAUCUCUUGCCUCAGUCCAUAUAGUUUUGGACGGUGAUGUCGUCCUCGACUUUGAGAGUCUUUCAAAAACCACCAGAGAAUGUUUCCAUGCCUAUGGUAUUCACUCAGUAACCAUCCAGCCGGAGGUUCAAUCGUUCCAGAAAAUUCGAUCUGAAGGUCCAUCGGAAGGUGGUUGGAUGAGGGGGACGAAAAGGCCUGAGACGAAUGGAAAGAGACGAAUGAACCCCGAGGAACUAGAGCAGUCUCCCGGAACAUAUAGUAACAGCUCAGGUUGA